UUUGCCCCCGAAGCGGCGCGUGAGGAGAAGCUAGCGCGCGCCUGGCUCCCAGCGGCUUGUCGCUGAUUAGGGAAAGGCGGAGGCAAGAGGCGGCGAGUGGCUGCCGCUGGGCCGGGCUUUGCCGCUCGCGUUGUUUGCUAUUGUGGCCGCUGCAUAAGUGGCGGCAGCUGCUGCAGCAACGGCAGCAGCGACGGGUCGUUCUAGCGCAGGCCAGGCAGCCUCCCGCGCCUACGCGAGCCCAGCAAAAUGGCUUUGUGGCUGGCCCAGUCUCGUCAGAUCUUGAAAACUAAGCAGGGUCAGCCUUGGUUAGUAAUUCGAUGGGAGACCACCAAGGAAGUCCAGGGUCGUUAUGCAGAGUCAGACAAUGGCAAACCCCCUCAGAACUUCUCUUGCCUUGAAACCCCUACAGGGUCACUAUGGAAGAACUGUGAAAAAACAGUAAAAUUGGUUGGAAGGGAGAAACUAAUAUGGACCAACCAUUCACUAUGAGUUCUUUGAAAAGGCUAGCUGCUCUGCCUGACCACACAGAUGUUUCGCUGACCCCCGAAGAACGUGUACGUGCCUUAAGCAAGCUUGGUUGUAAUAUCACCAUAAAUGAAGACAUUACUCCACGACGUUACUUCAGGUUUGGAGUGGAGAUGGAGCGUAUGGCAUCUGUGUAUCUUGAAGAAGGAAACCUUGAAAAUGCCUUUGUGCUCUAUAAUAAGUUUAUAACCUUGUUUGUAGAAAAGCUGCCUGGUCAUCGAGACUACCAGCAGUGUGCAGUUCCAGAAAAACAGGAUAUUAUGAAGAAACUGAAGGACAUUGCAUUUCCAAGGACUGAUGAGCUGAAGAGGGACUUGCUAAAGAAAUACAGUGCAGAAUAUCACGACUAUAUGCAAGACAAGAACAAAUGCAAAGCUGAAUUACUGAAGAAACUAGAGCAGCAGAAUUUGAUUGAAGCAGAGAAAAAGCGAAUUGCACAAAUCCGUCAACAGCAGCUGGAAAAAGAACAGUUUCAGUACUUUGAAGAUCAACUGAAGAAGCAAGAACUAGCCCGUGAUCAGAAAAUUAAAGAUAAUUCUAUUUCAUCUGAGCAGACAGAUGGGAGCGUGCUGUCCUCAUGCCUUCCACCACAUCUGAACAAUACUUUGUCCACUACAUUAACAAGCAAGAGUGAAGCCUCUGCUGGUGGAUCACCUCCAAGUAGUCGGGCAAUAAAACCAGCUGCUACACUGAGUGCUGUCCAGAGCAGUGUGACUGAAGGGCUGCGAAGUGUAGUUUUGCCCAAGGAUCUUUGUCACAAGUUUCUGCUGCUUGCAGAAGCAAAUACAGUAAGAGGAAUAGAGACAUGUGGAAUUCUCUGUGGAAAACUGACCCAUAAUGAAUUCAUUAUCACUCAUGUGGUAGUACCAAAACAAUCUGCAGGGCCAGACUACUGUGACAUGGAGAAUGUGGAAGAGCUAUUCAGUGUUCAAGACCAACAUGAUCUCCUCACUCUAGGCUGGAUUCAUACGCAUCCAACGCAGACUGCAUUCUUAUCUAGUGUUGAUCUUCAUACACAUUGCUCUUAUCAGCUAAUGUUACCGGAAGCUAUUGCAAUUGUUUGUUCACCAAAACACAAUGACACCGGAGUCUUCAGACUUACUAAUGCUGGGAUGUUGGAAGUUUCUGCUUGUAAAAAGAAGGCCUUCCAUCCUCAUACCAAGGACCCUAGGCUAUUUAAUACUUGUAAACAUGUCAUUGGGAAAGAUGUAAAAAUAACUGUUUUGGAUCUGAGAUGAUGUGGAUGAGAGACGAAAGGCCUUUCUUAAAACAGAUGCCCAAAGGAGAACAGUGGCUGCCAGAUUUUACUAGUGUUUUUCAAAAGUUACUGACGUUUUAUAUUUGUACAUUUUAAAUUUAAUAAUUUGAUAUUUAUUACCCUUUCCCAUGUUGAAAUUAUUUUGUUGUUCUGUCGAGACAGAGUUCACAGUGGCAUUCAAUCAGGAUCUUUUGUUUAUUCUGAAAUACUGUGAUAUGACAAUAAAGUGAACUUGGAACAGUGACAACACUGGGAUUUUUGUACUGCUUCUGAUCUUUCUGCCUUCAUGAUUUUUCUUAACUGCAUUUUUUUAAGGUACACUUUUUCAUAUAUGUUGGACUAGCAACAAAGCCCAUUGUGGGUAAAAAUACAAUGGGCUCUAGCAAGGGGAGGGCCCUCCUCUUCCAUGACUGAUCCCGGCCGGGUGAAGGGGGGGGGGCGGGAAAUGCUUCCUGCUCCAUGCCUGCAGGGUGAAGGUGUCGGGUGGACAUUGCCACCUGCUUUGCUCCUGAUCCCAGCUGGGUGAAGGGGGCGGGCAUUGCCUCCUGCUCCACACUGGAUUCCAGCUGGGUGAGGGGGGUGGGCAUUGCUGCCUGCUCUGCUCCUGAUCCCAGCUGGGUGAAGGGGGCAGGCAUUGCCUCCUGCUCCAUGCCGGAUUCCAGCCAAGUGAAGGGGGAGCGGGCAUUGCCUCCUGCUCCAUGCCGGAUUCCGGCCAAGUGAAGGGGAAGCGGGCAUUGCUGCCUGCUCUGUGCCUGAUCUCAGCUGGGUGAAGGGCGGCGGGCAUUGCCGCCUGCCCUGUACCUGAUCCCAGCUGGGUGAAGGGGAGCGGGCAUUGUCCCCUGCUUCGUGCCUGAUCCCAGCUAGGUGAAGUUGGGGGG